CUAAAAUCACCCAAAACAAAAACCCUUCAACCCAAACUAGCAUCGGAAUAGAACCAGUUGUUGAACCGAAGCCUAAACAAACCGCCCUCUCCCCCCGUCGGGCGAUUAGCAAAGCUCUUCUCCGCUUCUUCCUCGGUCGAAUUCCCCGGCGCAGCUGGCCAGCUCCCUGACAGUCGCGAUCGACCUUCGGAAUAUUCCGAGGCUAUUAAAGGGUUGAAGGCGAAACAUACAGAACUACCCGAGAGGAACAAUGGGGAGAUCGAAGGGAGACGGAGCCAGAAGCAAGUCUCGUCCCUCUAGCAGCAGUUUGGCUGCGUCUCUAUUGCCACAAGGGGCACCUGCAGUUGGAUUCGGCGGCUUUGUUGGUAGCUCCCGUGUCGAGCCUUCGUUGCCAACAGAAGAAGCUCCUUUCACGGAGAUUGAUAGUGAAUUGGCACAACACCUGAAAAGGCUUGCAAGAAAGGAUCCUACCACCAAACUUAAAGCCUUGGCAUCACUGUCUCAGCUAUUCAAACAGAAAACUUUAAAGGCGAUAGUACCUAUCAUUCCACAAUGGGCAUUUGAAUUCAAGAAGUUGCUGCGGGAUUACAAUCGAGAGGUUCGGCGGGCAACUCAUGCAACCAUGACUAAUCUUUUCAACGUUGUUGGAAGAGAAUUGGCUCCGCAUUUGAAGUCUAUGAUGGGACCGUGGUGGCUUUCUCAAUUUGAUUCAGCUGCUGAAGUUUCUCAAGCUGCAAAAUCCUCGUUUCAGGCAGCUUUCCCAACAGAAGACAAGAGACUAGAUGCUUUGAUUUUAUGCUUAUCUGAGAUAUUUAUGUACAUAGAAGAGAAUUUGGAGCUUAAUCCUCAGAGUAUAUCUGGAAAAAUGACAGCACUAGAUGAACUGGGAGAGAUGCACCAGCAGGUCAUAAUUUCAUCACUGUUUGCUUUGGCUACCCUUCUUGAUGUUUUGGUUGACAUGCAAUAUGAAAGGCCUGCUUCAGAAGCUGCAUUAAGACGAGUAUCAAAAGCCAGGGAUAUGUCUAUAUCGCUUGCUGUGAAGUUGUUCUCCACUCAAAAGUCCUUUCUAGAGUUCUUGAAGUCUCGAAGCCCUGCAAUUAGAUCGGCUGUGUAUUCAGUGAUAAGAAGUUUCAUAACAAAUGUUCCUAGUGUUAUUGAGGAAGCAAACGUUAAAAACCUUGCACCUGUAAUACUUGGUGCUUUCAAGGAAAAUGAGCCUUCAUGCCAUUCAUUAAUGUGGGAGAUGAUUUUAAUGUUUUCUAAAAGAUUUCCAGAGAGCUGGAUGAACCUGAAUGUCCAAAAAACUGUUUUAAAUCAUUUUUGGCAGUUUCUGAAGAGCGGUUGUUUUGGAUCCCAACAAGCAUCCUACCCUGCUCUUAUUCUAUUUUUAGAUGUUGUACCUCCUAAAGCUGUUGUAGGGCAGAAAUUUCUACUUGAGUUUUUUCAAAAUCUUUGGGCAGGAAGAUGUUUUUGUAAUUCAACUGUAGACCGUCAAGCAUUGUUUCGUGCCAUAAGAGAGUGUUUUCUUUGGGUCUUCAGAAAUUCUUCAAGAUAUUUUGAUGGAGCAGAAGCCAUAAAUAGUUUCCAUUGUAGUCUUACUGAUCAGAUCCUUAUUAAGCUCUUGUGGCAUGAUUACCUGCACUCCGAGAACUCGAAGGAUAACAACGAUUCUUCCUCAGAUGCAUCUUUUAGACCAGGACAACUAGGGCUUAAUGGGAACAGUUCAGCAGGCUAUUUUCAGGAUCUUGGGAAUUGCAUCAUUGAAAUUCUGUCAGGGAUCAAUUCUCUAGAGCAUAAUAUGCUCAUGCUUUUCUGCGCUGCAUUUCAAGAGACCUGCCUGGGAAUAUUUCAGUUGCCAGAGAGCUCUAUUAAGUGUGUAGAACAGGUAAAACGAGUGACGGAGUUCUUGUUAUUAUUGGACCAGCAGGUUGUGCAGAAAAGUGAAACUUGGCCUUUCUCUGAUCUGGUUGGACCAACUUUGGUCAAGUGUUUCCCUUUGAUAAAGGAAAAGGAACAUGAUUCCCAGUAUUCAGUGAGAUUCAUGGUGGCAAUUGUUCAUAUAUUUGGUCCACACAAGAUAGUUGAAGAACUUUCAGGUUCAAAGCUGGGAGAGGAAGAUUUUUUGCAUGCUUUCAGUGAAACUUUUAUUCCUUGGUGCUUACAAGAUCACAGUAGUACCAUGACUCGACUGGAUCUCUUACUUGCUUUACUUGAUGACCGAUGCUUUUCAGAACAAUGGGAUAUCAUUAUUUUUCAUGCAACAAAUCUAGAAUACCUUAAAAACACGGUUAAGAAUUCAGACUCUGACAGCAUAUCUGUGUUGGCUAUGCUUUUAGAGAAAGCAACAGAAAGAAUUCAAAGUAUUGGUCAUCUACAAGGCUCUUGCGCAGCAAGUUGGCAACAUAAACUUUUGGACUCCACUGCAAUUGCAGUUGUCCGUGAGUUUCCUUCUUUUGGAGCAGGCAGUGCUCGUUUUGUGCGUGCUGCACUUGGCGGGAUGGUGGGAGAUGGUGGAGCUUCAUUCCUGUCCAUGGAUGUGACAGUUAUAGUAUUUAAGGAAGUGCUUAGAAAGUUGACAAUUUUCAUGAAUGGCUCUUCCUUUGCAUGGGUUAGAGACACAUACUCGUUGAUAACAAUAGAAAGGGCUGAGUCUGACAUGGGAUGUAAAUCUUCUAUUGAUGUACAUGAUAUGGCUCAUUUUGCAUGUCAAGUACUUGAUGGUGUUUUCUUGAGGCUAAAGCAUCUCACUGAUGAGGUUUGGCUAAUUUCAGGAAUAUUAUCUGCGGUGUUCGUGAUUGAUUGGGAAUGUAGCAUGGCAACUGUGUUCCUCGAUGAGUUUGCAGAAGAUAUUAAACAAAAUAUUGAAAAAAGGUUGUUAUCUUGUAAAUCUGUGAAUGCGUUGCGCAACAAGAUUGACCGCAAGUUCUUGAAGAGCCUUGGUGCUAGUACUCAGAAGAACCUUGAAAGCAUUUUGGUUAACUCAGUAAGAAGUGCUGUCACUAAGGAAGAUAACUCAGACCAUGGAAAAAUCACAUCUAUGUGCUGUAACUGGAUUGAUGAACUUCUGUGUCUUUGUCAAGAGGAAUCCGAGGAACAAAUGUUGUUUGAUAAUCUUCUCUCUCAGAGUGAUUCAUGGCCUCAAUGGGUUCUGCCAAAUUUCAACAUCAGAGAAAGAACAACCUGUUUGGAUAAGGCAGAGUUCUCUGAAGCCCUCAAAUUUGUUUCGUUUAUUGGCAAGCUUAUAUCCAAAUUAGGAUUUCAGAGAUUUUUUGGAGGUGCUGCCCCUUCACGGUCAACUGAGAUUGCUGACAUUGAGCUGACCACCUCUCUCUCUCAUUAUUCACGUGCCUGGCUGGUAGCAGAGAUAUUAUGUACAUGGAGUUGGCCUGGUGGCAGUGCUUUGAGUUCUUUCUUACCUUCCUUGAUUGUUUAUGUGAAGAGUGAGAGUUAUUGUCAUGAAGCUGGCUUGUUGGAUUCCCUUGUCACCAUCCUAGUUGAUGGUGCUCUUGUUCACGGAGGAAGUUGUGGGCUAAAUUUGUCUACCAUAGGGCCUGUUACACUUGAUGAGGUGGACAUGAUUAGAGAGCCAUUUUUGAGAGCUCUUGUCUCCUUACUACUUACUCUUUUUUAUGAGAACAUAUGGGACAAGGAAAAAGCUCUAUUCUAUUUUAAAUUGAUUCUAACCAAACUCAAUUUUGGUGAAACAAUAAAUGCAAAUUGCUUGAGGAUAGUUCCACCCAUUGUUGAUGUCCUUAUUAGGCCCUUGAGUAUUGUCUUUGACACAGUUGAUGAGAGAAUGCUGUCUGAUUCAUCCCAGAGUAGUGAAAUGCAAGAGGUGAUGAUGGUGUGGCUCAAGCAGACUCUGUCAUUCCCACCUUUGAAUGUGUGGCUAACAGGAGAAGGCAUGGAAGAUUGGUUUCACUUGGUCAUGGCCUGUUACCCUAUAAGAGGCGUGGAAGGUGAGAAAAGUUUUUGCACAGAAAGAUAUGUCAGCUCUGAGGAAAAGAUGCUUUUGAUUGAAUUAUUUCGGAAGCAAAGACUGAAGAAAGACGCUGCACCAUCUUCUGUGAACAAGCUACCAGUUGUAGAUAUUUUGUUAUCGAAGAUUAUUCUGGUUUCCAUUGCUUAUUGUUGGAAAGACUUUGCUGAAGAGGAUUGGGAAUUUGUUAUUUAUCAUUUGAGGCGUUGGAUUGAACUGGCAGUUGUUACAAUGGAGGAAGUUGCUGAGAAUGUAAAUGAUGCUAUAACUCACAGUUCCACACCCAUUGACUUACAAAUAACUUUGAGGAUGCUUGAAGAUACUGUUUCAGUUAAAGAUCCUUUUACUUUCAAACUUGCUAGAAAUGCUCUUGUUGGAUUUUCCCUAUUUUCUGAAAUUAUCGAGCUCCAAAAGAAGGAUGGAACAGAAAAUUCUAGUCCCUUGAUGGAUAAAUGGGAGAUAGUUUUAGACAGGAUUCUAGAAGGUAUUCUUCGUUUGUUUUUUUCCACAGCUGCUGCUGAGGCAAUAUCAAGCUCCUAUUGUUCUGAAGCUUCCUCCAUUAUAGCAUCCUCUCGGUUUCAUCAAUCUAAAUUUUGGGGCUUGGUUGCUUCAAAUGUUGUUAAAUCAUCUUCACGAGCAAGAGAGAAGGCUGUUAAAUCAGUUGAAAUCUGGGGACUAAGUAAAGGGCCAAUUAGCUCUCUUUUUGCGCUGCUUUUCUCUCACAAGCCACUUCCUUCCCUACAGUUUGCUGCUUAUGUUGUUCUUUCUGCAGAACCCGUAUCAUACUUGGCUUUUGUGACUGAGAAUAACGGAAGUUUUAUGAAUGGAGACAUCUCCAAUAACCAGGAUUAUCGUAGUCUUGAACCAAUUGAUGAAGAAAGUAGUGUUCAUCUUAGGGAAGAAAUUUCCUCCAUGCUAGAAAAAUAUCCAAGCCAAGUUCUUGAAAUGGAUUUGCUCUCAGCUGAACAUAUCAACAUCCUUCUUGCCUGGUCUUUGUUGCUCUCACAUUUAGUUUCUUUACCGUCAUCAUCACCUUCCAGGGAGAAAAUCGUCCAAUACAUCCAAGAUUCUUCUUCUUCAAGUAUAUUGGAUUGUCUUUUUAUGCACAUUCCUUUGGAAUUUUGUGCACCUUCAGUUGUGAAAAAGAAGGAUUUAGAACUUCCUGCUUCAAUAUCAGAAGCAGCAAGAGCUGCAACACGUGUCAUCACUUGUGGUUCAGCUGUUUUUGCUCUGGAAUCACUUUGGCCUGUUCAACCAGAAAAGGUCGCAUGUCUUGCCGGUGCUACUUUUGGUCUCAUGCUUCAAACUCUUCCGGCGUAUGUUCGGGCGUGGUUCAGUGAUAUACGUAAUCGUUCCACAUCUUCUGCUGUUGAAUUCUUUACCAAAUCCUAUUGUAGCCCACCUCUCAUUGCAAUGGAACUCUCUCAGAUCAAGAAAGAAAAGUAUGUUGAUAAUUUCUCGGUCAGUGUUAGCAAAUCUGCCAACGAAAUUGUGGCAACCUAUACAAAGGAUGAAACAGGAAUGGAUCUUGUAAUUCGCCUUCCCGCAUCUUAUCCUUUGCGGUGUGUUGAUGUAGACUGCACCAGGAGUCUUGGUAUUAGUGAAGUGAAGAAGAGAAAGUGGUUGAUGUCGAUGAUGUCAUUUGUACGAAAUCAGAAUGGAGCCUUGGCAGAAGCAAUACGAAUAUGGAAAAGCAAUUUCGACAAGGAAUUUGAAGGGGUUGAAGAAUGUCCGAUAUGCUACAGCGUAAUCCACACGUCUAACCACAGCCUCCCGCGUCUGGCGUGCAAGACGUGCAAGCAUAAGUUCCACUCUGCUUGUCUCUACAAGUGGUUUUCCACCUCUCACAAGUCUACAUGUCCCUUGUGCCAAUCGCCGUUCUGAUUUUCUUCCCUUUCAAAGAGGGGCAGGCAGACAGGGCUGCCCUGCCUUCACUGCCCUUUUAGUCAUAGGUUGUUGGCUAACUGGUUUCGUUGGCUAUGGAUGUUAAUAUUGUAUGUUGCUGGUCAACUUUGGCACUUGACACAACAAGUGAACUAACGCCAGGAACGUCAUAUGUCAUUAUAACUACUUGUGGUGCAUAUAAGGAAGAAGCCCGAGUCCGAAGUAUAAUCAAUGAUAUGUUUUGACAAACAGAUCAGAAUCAAUCUUUCUGAUCUCAUGCCCUUUGUCGAUUUAAACUGAUCCAUGGCAGACUCGGCUUCUCAGUUUCGGUAAUUAACUCCAUGUAUUUUGGCAAUAACAACAGCAGUAUGGUAAUUUUUGGUUUCUGCUUUGUGUAGUCGUACUCUCACACAGCUUGUCUCACCCCACAAUUAAAUUUAUUUGCAGAUAUCUAGUUGAACU